CUCGUGGAAAAAAAAAAAAAAAAUCUCGACAGCGGCAGCGGCAGUGUAUAUUACGUCUCAUAUACCAAGGCCAUGGCGAGUACGGAGCUGCGGCGGUACUUGCAGGGCCUGGCAACAUGCAUUGACAAUCUGGAUCCUCGGGCUGUGGGGCAGAUGCUCUCGCUGCGGGACGUGCACGCCAUGAAACUGGUGCAGGCGAUGCAGUACCAGGACGUGGCCCACUUUGCGCGCUCGUACUUUGAGGGGUCGGACAUCAACCUCGUGCUCGCCCACCUCAACGCCGCCCUCUACGUGAGCCAGGGCAAGACCAAGGAAGCCUUUGACGAGCAACUCCUUGCCGUGCAGGCCUGGCGCGAGCACAUUCAGGCCGAGACCAUCGAGUCCAACUGGUCCCUGCACCCGCUCAACACCCUCAUCACAGACCUGCGCUUGCUGGCCAUGGAGCUCGAUGAGCAGCUCGUGGCUGCCGGAGAAAAGGCCGUCGCUCUCGAAAAGGCCAUGGAGGAAAUCAACGUCUGCUUUCGUCUUCUGGCUGGUGAUCGCGCCACGGAUCGCCGCAACUCAAAAAAGCGUGGCAUGAUCUUCUUGGUCAAUCACCUCUUUGCCAUCGCCUUCAAGCUCAACAACUUUGCUUUUUUGAAAUCCCUCAUUCGUCUCAUGGAGCGCCAAGAGAGCUCCAUCUAUGCCAUGUCCCACCAAGUCACGUACCACUACUACAUGGGUCGCCGCAGCAUGUACGAGGCCAAUUACAUGCAAGCCAAUGAGCAUUUGUCUUUUGCCGCUCAACACUGCCAUCGCUCGAGUACUUCGAACAAACGCUUGAUCUUGCUGCAUUUGAUCCCAGUCAACCUGCUUUUGGGACGCCUGCCUACCAAGGACCUGUUGCAGACCUACAAUCUCAUGCAAUUUGCUCAAAUUGUGGAUGCCGUCAAAACAGGCAACUUGGCCGUCUUGAACGAUGAACUGGACAAGUAUCAAGAGUUUUUCGUUCAGUGGGGCGUCUUUUUGGUCUUGGAAAAGGUCAAGCUUCUGGCGUACCGGAAUCUCUUCAAGCGCGUUUGGCAAAUCAUGAACCACACAGUCAUUCCACUUUCGUCGUUUCUCACUGCCAUGCAGGUGGCCAAGGAGCCCGAUGUGGACGAGGACGAAGUCGAGGGCAUUUUGGCCAACCUGAUUCAUCAAAAAAUGAUCAAAGGCUACAUUGCGCAUGGCCAUCGCAAGCUGGUGCUCAGCAAGGAGAACCCCUUCCCAAAGCUCAAGUCGACCGCCGCUUGAUUGUGUCCAUGCAAGGAGACAAAGUGAGAGAGAGAGACCGUGUGUGUAUGCCUGUGAAAGAUAAAUAGCUCCCAUCGGAAGCAAGUCAGACCUUUUCCGAGCGCAUGGGAUCAAGCCCAUCCGCCAAUUGAUUGCAGAUUGCGGU